AUGCGACAAUUUCUGACAGCAUACGAUAGUAAUUGUGAUGAUUCAAAACAAUUUAGGACGAAUAGUUCUACUGGAGCAAAAAAUUACCUAUAUCAUUCUUUUUUAAUGUAUCGUCUAGUUCCAAAGUGCCGUCUCAAUUUCAAAGCAACAGCUCAAAAACCUGUUGAAUACAAGUAUGGUUCACGUUCGGUUGCCAUCGGUGAUUUCGAUAAUGACACUGUGUUGGAUAUGGUUGUUGCCAAUCAUAUAGUAAACAAUAUAGCUGUGUAUUUGGGAAAUGGUGAUGGCAGUUUUAGAGAUCCAACUAUGUAUUCAACAGGUUCCUAUUCUAGUCCUUAUAUGGUUAUCGUUGCUGAUUUCAACAAUGACAACCGAUUAGAUAUUGCAGUAGCGAAUUUUGGCACUAAAAAGUAG